AAAGACAGUAAAGCGGAGGAGAAGAAGAUCCAGUCCGCUGUGUUAUUAUAGAGAAACAGGAGCUGAUCUACUGAAGGAAGGAAUGACCUGUUUUUUUCCUGCUGCAGGUACCCGCUGUACAACAUUGGUGUAAUAUAUUUACACAAACAUAUCAAUCAAGAAACGCUACUGGAAGAAAUUUUCCCAACUAUUAAACAUGGAAGUUAAAUAUUGGGAUAUGGAAUCCAUAUAUUCCAGCACCCAGGAAACUAUUUCUACUCAGUGCAUGGAUGUGUCUAUCAAACAAGAACAAAUCAUUACUGAGAAAGUAGCAUCCCACCAGUGUACAGAGUGUGGAAAGAGUUUUAGAUAUCCUAGUACAUUUGAAAGACACCAGCGUGUUCACACAGGAGAAAAACCAUAUCACUGCUCAGAGUGUGGAAAGAGUUUUAGAGACAAUGAUACCCUCUGUAAGCACCAGCGCAUUCACACUGGAGAGAAACCGUAUCACUGUUCAGAAUGUGGAAAGAGAUUUAUUCAACAGAGUCAUCUCCAAAGACACCAACGCAUUCACACAGGAGAAAAACCGUAUAACUGUUCAGAGUGUGGAAAGAGUUUUAGAGACAGUGAUACCCUCCAUACUCAUCAGCGCAUUCAUACAGGAGAUAAACCAUUUCACUGCUCAGAGUGUGGGAUGAGUUUUAAUCAAAACAGCAUUCUUCAGAAACACCUACGCAUUCACACAGGGGAGAAACCAUAUUACUGUUCAGACUGUGGACAGAGAUUCAGAGACAGCGGUGCCCUUUAUAAACACCAGCGCAUUCACACGGGAGAGAAACCAUAUCACUGCUCAGAGUGCGGAAUGAGUUUUACUGAAGGUGGUGCCCUCACAACUCACCAGCGCAUUCAUACUGGAGAGAAACCAUAUCACUGUUCAGAUUGUGGAAAAAGUUUUAUUCAACAUAGUUCUCUCCAAGCACACAAGCGCAUUCACACUGGAGAGAAACCGUAUUUCUGUUCAGAGUGUGGGAUGAAUUUUAGAGACAGUGGUACCUUCAGAAAACACCAGCUCAUUCACACAGGAGAUAAACCAUUUCGCUGCUCAGAGUGUGGGAUGAGUUUUAAUCGACACAGCUGUCUCCAAAAACACCAGCGUAUUCACUCUGGAGAAAAACCGUAUGUCUGCUCAGCGUGUGGAAAGAGAUUUAUUGAGAGUGGUGCCCUCAAGAAUCACCAGCGUGUUCACACAGGAGAGAAACCUUAUCACUGUUCAGACUGUGGGAAAAGUUUUAAUCAGCGUGGUUCUCUUAGAAUACACAAGCUCAUUCACACUGGAGAGAAACCAUAUUGCUGCUCAGAGUGUGGAAAGAGUUUUAGAGAAAGUAGUUCCCUCAAAAAACACCUUGGGAUUCAUACAGGAGAGAAACCAUAUCACUGCUCAGACUGUGGAAAGAAUUUUAGAGAGAUUGGUUUCCUUAAAAAACACCAGAGGAUUCAUUCAGGAGAGAAGCCAAAAAGCUGAAUGUGUUUAGCCACAAGAGUCAUUAUAGACAGGUGAAAGGCUCCUCUACAUAGGUGUAGGUGGGGUGCCAUUAUUAAGUUUUUAACUAAAGCUGAUUAUUGGCUUACCGGCAGUUCACAGAAUAUGAAGGCAUGUGUGUCAUUUCUAAAGCUUUGGUGGUUCCAGUGUCUUACACUAAAUUCUUUUCAUAAAGCAACAUUUAAAAAUAAAUAGCAGCUUCAAAUCAUUGGGCUGCCUCACUGACCUGUUAUAGAGAAAAUAGUGUCUGUAUUGCAUUGUUAUUGUAAGUGUUGUUGUUUUGUAAGUGGGCUUGGCACAUUCCUAACUGCAUUAUGUAAUUCUGGCAAAAUGACCAGGUGGAAACUAGCAAGAACUGUGUAACAUUGUGCCAUGUUUGUUUAAUCUCCUGUAACGUUACAGGAUAGUUAAUGUUACAUCUUAGUCCACAUGCUUUAUUUACAUUUAGUUAUGGUUCUGCAUCUCUCAGUUUUUUUCAGAAAUGCAUUGCAUUGCAGUCCAGUGUUAAUGCAGUGUAAAUUUAAAUACGUAUGUUGUGGCUAAUAGCAUGAAUUACACUUCCUGACUAUAAUGUUGUGUAAACAUUCAUGAUCAUUCAGGGGGAAAAAAUAAAGCAAGAAAAAGACUAUUGAUUUCUA